AUGACCGCCAUGGGCGUGACGAGCCUCGCCGCGCUGCCGGCCAAGAUGGCGGGGCUGCAGCGGCGCGAGGACGCCGAGCUGGGGGCGGCGCGCGCCAAGGACCCCGCCCCCGGGGGCGGGCGGCAGCGGGGCCGCAGGGCCGCCCCCGGCCCGGCGCACCAGCAGCAGCCGCCCCCGCUGGCCGUGGCGCGCCGCAACGCGCGGGAGAGGAACCGCGUCAAGCAGGUCAACAACGGCUUCGCGACGCUGCGGCAGCACAUCCCGGCGGCGGUGGCCGAGGCGUACCUGCCCCCGGGGGAGGCGGCGCCGGCCCGCGGCAAGAAGCUCAGCAAGGUGGAGACCCUGCGCAUGGCCGUCGACUACAUCCGCGGGCUGCAGCGGCUGCUGUCGGGCGAGCAGGCCUCGGGGGCGGCGUCCCCCGCCCCCGGCGGCGGCGACGACUUCUCCUUCGCCGACGACGACCUGGGCAGCGCGGCGGGGGCGGACGACGACCUGGGCAGCGCCGACGGCUCUGCGUCGUCGCCCUUCGUGUCGGGGGCGGCGUCG